GAGCCGUAGGGGCGCGGCGGGGCGGGGCCGAGCGGCUGCGGUGGGAAGAGCGGCACGGGCACGGCGAUGGCUUCGUCGCAAGGGAAAAACGAGCUGCCGUUCGCCGACUGGAUGGCAGCGCUGCCCGGCAGCAUCCACCGCACCCCGCUCACCAACCUGGCCAUCCCAGGGUCUCAUGACUCAUUUAGCUUCUACAUAGAUGAAGCCUCUCCAGUUGGGCCCGAACAGCCAGAGACGGUCCAGAAUUUUGUGUCUGUUUUUGGGACUGUGGCUAAAAAGCUGAUGAGAAAGUGGUUGGCUACACAGACCAUGAACUUCACCAGCCAGCUGGGGGCAGGUAUACGGUAUUUUGAUCUUAGAAUUUCUACCAAGCCCAGAGACCCAGACAAUGAACUCUACUUUGCUCAUGGUUUAUUCAGUGCCAAAGUCAAGGAGGGUCUGGAAGAAAUCAAUGCAUUUCUCACCGACCACCCAAAAGAAGUGGUCUUCUUGGACUUCAAUCACUUCUACGGGAUGCAGAAAUACCAUCAUGAAAAGCUUGUCCAAAUGCUCAAGGACACUUACGGAAACAAAAUGUGUCCUGCUAUAUUUGCCCAUGAAGUCAGCCUCCAGUACCUGUGGGAAAAGGAACACCAAGUGCUGGUGUUCUACCACAGUCCAGUGGCUCUUGAGGUACCAUUUCUUUGGCCAGGCCAGAUGAUGCCAGCUCCCUGGGCAAACACAACAGAUCCGGAAAAACUGAUUCAGUUCCUCCAGGCGUCAAUCACUGAAAGAAGAAAGAAGGGCUCCUUUUUUAUAUCUCAAGUAGUGCUGACGCCAAAGGCUAGUACCGUGGUGAAAGGGGUUGCUAGUGGCCUCAGAGAAACAAUCACAGAAAGGGCUCUUCCUGCAAUGAUGCAGUGGGUCCGAACUCAGAAACCGGGAGAAAGUGGUGUCAAUAUUAUCACUGCAGAUUUUGUAGAACUUGGUGACUUUAUCAGCACAGUCAUAAAGCUCAACUAUGCCCUGGAUGAAGGUGAAGAUGACACUACUUGAUAGUACUAUAAUAUGUGUGGUGUUGCUUUCUUUAGAAUUAAAAAAAAAAAAAAAGAAUAAUUGCAUUUUAAAAGAAUUAUCUUGUACAACACUGAUCUUCCUAUAACACGCUGAUGUGUUUAGGGCUUUAUUGGGUGGGCGUAAGAGAAAUGUUUUAAUCAAUUAUGAUCAUUUUUUACAUUUGUGUUUCAUGUGAAGAGCAAAACUAAACAUGUUUACAGUGUUUGAUAAAAGAAGGCCAUUUACAUGUUUUCCAUGAGUUACCAAAUGCGAUUCAUGUGACUUCUGUUGUUACGAACAGUGCCAACAAAUUUGCUGCUUUUGGAGCAAUGGAGCAUACAUUGCUCUCUGCCUGCCCCUAGCAGGAUUCCCGAUGGCGUGAGCAUUACACUGGGAGAUUAAGGACAGUAUCUCUGGCCUGAAAAUUUUAAGCUGCUACACUUUAUCUAUUAGCUAGUUUAAUUGAUCGUAUUUAUCAGUGAGCUACAGGUUUAAAUGCCUUUGUGAAGUAAAUCCAAAGUCAUGCCUCUAACACAUGCAUAAUCAGUGGACAGUGAACAUGACGUAUUAUGUAGCUUGCACAGAACACAGACUAAAUCCUGCUUGCUUUUCAUUCUCAAAAGGUGGUUUUCCAAUGUCUCUGCCCCAGGUUGAGUCAGGAGAUAUGUGGUGCUGGCCUAACUCUGUGCUAGGAGCAGCCAGCAUGUGUUUUCCCUGGUUCAGGAACAAAGCAUGUGUUUUCCCUAGCAGGAACAAAGUUAGACCAGGUUGGAGCACCUCUUCCUCCCAGGGUUAAUCUUAGGUAAGAGCUUAAUCAAAUAUUCACUGAAUUUAAUAGGAAAAUUUCCUGUGUUUAGUGUGGAUUGUGCACAGGUUCAGUAAACUGUGUGUACUACAAGGUGAUCAGGAUUUUGUCCCAUACUGGAAACUGGCUUUCUGCAGGACUAAAAUUGCAUUUAAAAAAUAGAUGCAGCCUAACCUUCUCUUUAAGGCAGCUACAAACAGAACACUUCUCUGCUGAUUACAAAUCGGUGCCAGUUUCAUCAGUGAAAAAUUGCUGCUGUAAAGAGUGUGAUAGAUCAAUUUCUAGCUAAUAAUUCUCUAUACUCAAACUGUUUGUGGGGAUAAUACUGCAUAACUCAAAUUUCGAAGUCUGCUGAAUGGCACUGUUCUAGCAGCAGAACUGCUGAUUGUCCUACUUUUAAUGAAACGUAUAUAAACCUCAAAUAUGUGGAAAGCUUAGUGAGUCAUCAAAUGAGAGCAUUGCCACUGUAUGACACCUAACUGGAUGCAAUGCAGUCAGUCAUAUCUUCUGGACACAUCAAUGCACAGACAUACGACUUUGAAAAGCAAAACAUUUCUGUAGAAAACAAUAGUUGCUAUAACGGCUUACAAAUAAAAUGGUCUUUGAAAUAUUGCAGGGGUUUAGGGGGUAAGAUUAUGGUCAAGUUUCCAUUGACAUUACUAGAACUUUUGGUUGAUUGAGAAAUGAAUGAUAUCAUACAAUACUUUGCUAUUUUCUAUCAGAUGUUAAGGACUACCAGCUACCAUCAGAGUUUAGAAAAGCAAAAAUGGUGUUAUGAAUCAGGUGGGUUAUGGGGAGGGUUAUAGGGUUUUUUUUUUUGUUUUGUUUUAGGAAGAAGUGGAAUAAAAUGAACACUUGCUGCUACUUUGUACUGAGAGGGUGCCUUGGAAAAAGUGUGUGUAUGUGUGUACUGUAAAGAAACAUUUAAGUGUACGUGUACUAUAAAGACACAUUUAAAUAUAUGUCUAUGAUACAAAGAUAUUCGUGCACACUUGCAUAGUGAUACUCUGGUUUCUGGACUAGGAGUAUUACAGAUUUAGUUAAAAAAGCUGUGGGGGUAUGAUAAUAUGAUGCUUCCUUCAGUAGCUGGGUUUUUUUAAAUGUUAGGUCUGCAAGAUUCAUCCUCAGUGAAAUCUAUCAUCUAAGCCAGUUAGGUUUUUCACAGCAUUAAAACUUUACCCAAACUGCCCCCAAAUUUACUAAGAGUCACAGCCUGUCUUGACAUUGAACAAGCAGAAGGCCUCUAUGGCUUUCACCCACAGCUAAGCAAAAUCAGGGGCAGGGAGUUUGAUGCAUUUUAUUUCCAGUUUUUACAGGCUCUCCAAGCAAAAUUCAGGUAGUAGACACUUGAAAUGAAACAUGAGCAUGUGGUUUUUUGAACUCACACUAUGCGGGGGUCCCAAGUAGAAACAUGAAAGUGUUUGCUUAUUUAUUGGCGACAUGGUGUAACGUUUUCUUUUCGUUUUUCUAUUUAGCUGGAUUUGUUUCCUUUCAGGUCCUCCCUGUUGUAUUUCCCGCCCUUAAACGUAAUUGAAAGAGCUAACCUAUUCUUUCAAUAUAGUAAAGUUAUCUGAAUCCUUGGGUGGAGGAAAAAGUAGGUUUCCUUUUUGAAUUCUAAUUAGAAUUCUGUUAAAACUGAGAGCACCAAGAGCACCGAGUUCCUCCUGGGACCUCCUACUCAAACACACACCAGACACACUGAGCUUUUUGCUUGCCCAGAAGUGUACUCAAAGCAAAUGUUCUGCUUUAUCUAAGAAAAGUGUGUGUGUGUGUGCACGCCUGUGUAUGUGAAUAAACAUAGAGGCAUCUUGAGCUUGCUAGCAUUGUUAUGAGAUGUUUACUUAGCAUCAUUAUUUCUAUUCUAAUUGUUACUUGGGUGCUGGAAAAUAAAAGCAAAGCAAAAAAAAAAAAUCCUCUGACAAGAAGGAUAAUAGACAAAUCAUGUAGUUUCUCCUUUAGUGGGGGAAAAAAAAUCUUAGCAAAAUACCACUUGUGGUAAGAAAAAUUAUGUUUUCAUUUAGCUGUCUAUCUCCUUGCUGUUGGAGAAGCACAACACUUUAUAUUAGAGAAAGGUAAACAUACUUGCCUUAAUUACUAAAACAAAAAGGAGGGGAAAGGGAUAUACUAUCCACUCUUUUCUGGCAAUUUCAUCUGCGAGGCUGCAAAACUGAAAUUGAACUGUCCUGAUAGGGAUGUGCUUCCUGUUAUUGUUUUGGGGAUCUUGCCAGAAAAGAACAAGCAAGAAAGGACUAUGCAGCACAACUGGACCAUUUGAGAACCCAGUUUUGCCACCCAUAUGCAGCUAAAUUUCUCUAUGAUUUCAACCAGAAAUGUGCUCGUGGGCCAGAUAAGUUGUCUGACCUGAUUUAUUUGGGGGGUAUCUACACAUACAUUAUGAGGAAUCUGGCAUGGGAAAUUAAAUGACUGAGGAAAAAUGCCUGUAUGCACUAUUGAUUUUCAUAAGCAUCUGUUUACUCAAACUGUCAUGUUAUUUUUUGCCAAAACAGUUUUUUUUCUUCCUGUGCUCAUUUUCCCCUUUGCUAUGUUCAUUGUAUGCACAUCAACUAGUAUUGUUUUCUGAUUUUUCGCAUGAUUACUCAAUCCUUUCUUUUCAGUCAUACUUGAAAAAAUGUGCAACUACGCUGCACAACCCAGGCAGUGCUUCAGCUGGUGUAAAUCAGCCUAGCUCCAGUUUACACAAGCUGAGAUGUCUUUGUUCUGUACUGAUCCAACCUGCAGUGGUUUGGACGAAACAGCAGCGUGUCCCAGGGUCUGAUUCCUGUCUUGUGUAGAAAGGGGUCAGAUCAGAAUCAAACCAUGGGAGGUGAGAUUUAAAAUCAGUGAGUUAUUUGCAUUUGCUUGCUGCUGGUUACAUUAUUUGUUUUGUAGGUCCUGCCAUUUCAAGCCAUUCUUUUAAACGUACACAUCUAUAUGGAUAUAUAUGUGCAUACAUGCAUUAGGGGGAUGAUCUAUGCUCAGCUAAGUCUUUCUGCCGUAAUGACAUAAAACAAGAACAUUUCUACUAACUUCAAAGCAAUUACUAAAGUUUUACCCUGGGAUGAGAGGGAGCAGAUAAGUCAGUGUGUAGUAAGUAUACGCUGUGUUGCAAACAAAAUAUAAAAUUGUGGUGGUUGAGUCUACAAUAUCAAAAAAGUGGAGUGCCCUGAAAAAACCUGCUCUUUAUUCUGAAUAUAGUAUGUGGAGCACUAGGUAUUAGCAACUAAGUAGGCUGUUUGGUGAUUUCAGCAGUUCAGUUAACAUCAUGUUAAACUUCUAAACUCCUUUUCAGUGAAGUAAAAGCUAAUAGUGUAUAUGAUGUAUUUGCCAUAUCUCAGUGGUAGCUUCUGUGUUACAUACAGUCAAUGUUGUUCUGAAUUGUAUAUGUUUACCCAAUGAUGAGGUUAAAAUAUGCUGUAUAGUAUGUGCAAUGUAUUGAUCACAAAUAUGUUGGAGUUCAGUGAUCUGUUUAGUUUUUACUGUGCUGCUGUUUCGUAGGUAUGUGUGUGUAUGGGAGUAUAUGGGGAAAUAAUUAAUCCUAAAGGAAAAGGGCAGUUAUGUAACCUGCCUUAAUGCAUUCACAUAAUCUUGUUCAAAUGCCAUGAUUAUCAGUUCUGAUUUCAAACGUUACUGGGGAUUGUCCAUAGGGCUGAUUCCCUCACUUUCUGGCACUAAGGAAUUAAACUUGAAGUUACUUGGAGCUCACUUACUUAUUGGCAAAGAAUAGGAUGUUUGUCUGCCUGACUGCCUUGAUUGUACAAGGUGACGAGGACAAGGUUUCUGAUGUGAGAUGGAUCAAAUCACUUCUGUACACACACACCUCGUGCUGAUGCCAGCAGGAAUUGUGACCGUGUAAUUGCAUGGCCUAAAAUUCAUCUUCUGGGAUACAAUCAUUAUAGGAGGGUGGUGAUACCCUGACUUUGGGAAGUGCUUGGAUGCUAUGCAACACUGUUCAUGUCCUGUGCUGGAACAUAGCUGUAAGGUUGCAGGAAGAGCUUUGAACUCUGAUACGAUAUACAUAGGACUGUAAAAAUCCUUUUGUAAAAAUGAUAAAUGUCAGAGGCUGAGCAGCCUGGCCUGGCUUGCCCACAUACAGCAUUCUGCUUUCAGGAGCCGUGACAGCUUUAAUUAAAAAAUUAUAAUAAUUUCCCAGUGGCUGGCAGGACCUAGUGCUGUAGAUAGGAGUCUGUCUUGCCCACAGAUAUGGCCCCUCUACCGCUCUCACAACUAUGUCAUGGUUUCUGUCUGAGAUGGCUCUGUCUGAUGCCGAGGGUAAUUCUGAAAGACGUACUGAACACAGGGAGGGUCUACGUUGUACCUGACUGGUUGGACAGGAGUAGGCAGAGCGUGCCUGCCCUGCAGUGUGUCUAGUGUCAGGUCAGCUUCAGUCAGACCCAUCUGGUUGGCAGAAGUCUGAUAUCAGAGUUUUUUUCUGUUAUCUUUAUCUGGUUAAAAUUAGCAUCUUCCCAGUUUUCUCCUUUGCCUCUUCUCGGUGCUCCUUAUCUCAGCUUCUGCAUAGACACAUCCUUUUAACUGCCAGCUGUGAUCAGUUUGUCAUCCUUAGCGCAAUGUCCCACAUCUGAUGUCCUGGUAUGGUUUAUCUCUGUGCUCCAAAUUACAUACAUGUCCUCUUAGAUGAGCUUCAUCAUGGCUGAUGAGACAGAUUUGAUGCUAUCCCAAUGAGUAUCUCCUAAGAUGGAGUACACUUAGGCUUUUUUUUCUGCAGUGAGAUUACAUGUAUUAGUCUCCUCCCUCAGGUCUAGAUCCUACAAAAGUCAGUUUUGAUCGGGAGAGAUUGCUUGAGCAGCUGAAAUCAGUUUUGCUAUGAAGCUGGAAUCCUUAAAGCAGAAUCCUGGUUUUAUGUGUAAUUAUUACUGAAAAUAAAAAUAUGUGGUUAAAAAUAAAAUUUUCAAAAGAAAAAGAAAUAUCUGGGCUCGCCAGGAGAGUUGUUAAAUUUUUUACUGCCUCAGUCACCAGUAGCUUAUGCAUAAUGUAGGUGAAGAUUAGGAUGUUAUUGCCACACUGCCUCCUGACACCAUUCAGGGUCUCUGUACAGAAGCCUUAUUAUUCCCAGUGAGCAUUAAUGCAUUUGAAUGACUGUUUUGGUGGGAAGGACAAUUGUGUAACACUGAGGACAUGGAGCUCCCUGGUAUUGUGCCCACAAAGGUUCACAGAGCUGCACCUUCUCUUUUUAGGAUCUAUUCAAUGGUACUUUAAUAAAUGUUGUGUAAAAAAUGCCUACAGUUCUGUAUAGCAAAUGUGAAUUUUUAUGACAAGAAUGUGUAUUUAAUGUAAAAAAAAAAGGAGUAAUAUAAAAUACAGUUUCUUUGUAUCCAGUGAAACAUCU